AUGGCUUCCCGAUGGGGGCGGAGCUCUCUUAUGGCAAGAGGUCCACCUAAAAAGAAGAAAAAGAAGAUAGAACUAGCUACUACUGAGACCAGUAUUGUACCUGCAGCACCACAAAGGAUGGUCUUUCCAGUUCUACCUACUGUUGUGGAUCUAUCAAAGAAAAGGAAGAACAAAUCAUCCUCAUCAACUCGUGCAAAGAAACAAAAGAGUACUUCCAAUACUUCAACUGCUGAGGCUAGUGACCCCUCCGUGAGAGGAUCUGGAACAGGAUCAAAUCAGCUAGGCCCUUCAGGAUCAAGUGAGCAGCACACAAAAGUAGUCCAGCACAAGAAGAAGAGGGCCAUUGCAAAAAAAUUGACUCCAAAUAAGGGUAGUCCAGCCAUGUCAACCCGCAGCAAGGUCCCUAGUUCCCCUUCUAGUCCGGCCAUAGGAACUAGAAGCAAGAAAAAACUUGAUCUGUAA